ACACUGGAAUUUUGUUUUUUUUCCUCCUAUCUUAUCUCUGCACACACACUGUACCUCACAUGAACACACACACAAGAAAUUCCGUGAGAUAUGAGACGGCAGCUAAUAUUUGAUGUACGUGUGCCUAGGAAGAGAAACCAUGGGUAGCCUUUUCAGUGUGGCCUAUCACGUUGGAGCAACCAUUGGAUCCAGGGACUAUAUUUGCCUGCACCCUUGCCUGCUGUGUGACCCUGCUGGGGCUCUGCAAACCUGGAGAGAGGCCAGCCUGUCCAUCUGGGGAUGGGGGGGUCUUGGAGUUGUGCUUUUCCUCAUCACCUUCGGACCCUUUGCUAUAUUUUAUCUGGCCUUCUACAUCUUCUGCUUCGUCGGAGGGGGUUUUGCCGUCACGCUGUUGUACGGGAGGACCAACUCAGAGAAACACCUGGAGAUGUGCGAGCACUCUUACCUGCCGCCCACGGCAACGGGUAUCCUGAAGACGCUGGAUGAGAUGAAGCUGGAGCAGAAGCCCAUCAAGAUCGACCGGAGGCUGACCGGCUCCAACUUCAUAGACGAGCCGCUGCAGCAGGUCAUCCAGUUUGCGUUGAGGGACUAUAUCCAGUACUGGUACUACACUCUGAGCGAGGACGACUCCUUCCUACUAGAGAUCAGACAGACACUCCAGAAUGCACUCGUCCAGUUCUCCACACGGUCCAAAGAAGUAGACUGGCAGCCUUACUUCACCACUCGUCUGGUGGACGACUUGGCCACUCACCUGAGAGUCUUCAGGAAGGCCCAGGACAGGCUGGGAGAGAGGGAGGACAACAAGCAGAGAGAUGUAUCUGAAGAGCUGGUGGACUCGUUCUUCGAGGCCGAGGUGGAGAUGGAGAGGAAGAUCUGUCGGGACGUGGUGUGCACCUCUCACAAAGACGAGGAGGGUUUCCUGAGGGACCUGUGUGAGGUGCUGCUGUAUCUGUUACUACCUCCUGGAGACUUCCACAACAAGAACAUGAGAUACUUCCUUAGGGAGGUCCUGGCUCGAGGGGUGCUCCUUCCUUUGAUCAACCAGCUCAGCGACCCAGACUACAUCAACCAGUUUGUCAUCUGGAUGAUCAGAGACUCAAGCUGUAACUACGAGGCCUUCAUGAACAUUCUCAAGCUGACAGACAGGGUGGCUGAACUGGAGGCGGUCAAAGACAAGGCCCUGGAGGAACUGCAGUACCUGCGCUCUCUGGACACAGCAGGCGAUGACAUCAACGUGAUAAAGAAUCAGAUCAACAGUCUGCUGUUUGUGAAGAAGGUGUGUGAGACCAGGAUCCAGAGGCUCCAGUCUGGCAAGGAGGUGGACGCCUUGAAACUGGCGGCAAACUUCGGCAAGCUGUGCAUCAUACCUCUGGAGCACAUCCUAGUGCACAAUAUCGCUCUGCAGUUCUUCAUGGACUACAUGCAGGCCGCAGGAGCCCAGGCGGAGCUGUUCUUCUGGCUGACAGUGGAGGGCUACCGCGUGACGGCCCAGCAGCAGAUGGAGGUGAUGGAGGCCCUGCAGAAGGACGGCAGGAAGCAGGCCGGGGCCACCAAAGGCCUGCUGAAAGCAGCAGCACUGGGCGUGUUCGAGCAGUACCUCUCUGACAAGGCCUCCCCCAGGGUCCAGGUGGACGAGGCCAGUGUGGUGAGGUUGGGGGAGAAGCUGCAGAAGGAAGACCCCACGCCAGAAAUAUUCGACGACAUCCAAAGAAAGGUGUACGACAUGAUGCUGCGUGAUGAGAGGUACUACCCCUCCUUCAGACAGAGUCCUCUGUACGUCCGCAUGCUGGCUGAGCUGGACAUGCUGAAGGAGCCCAGCUUCAGAGGCUCAGACGACGGAGACGGAGAAUCAUUCAACGGUUCUCCGACAGGAAGCAUAAAUCUGUCUCUGGACGACCUGUCAAACUCUUGCCAUGACGAUACUAUGCAGCUACAUGCCUUCAUCUCUGAUACAGGGGUGUGUAACGACCACGGUAAGACCUACGCACUCUACGCCAUCACCGUGUUCCGCCGCAGCCAAGACGGCAGCGAGGACUGCUGGAAAACCUACCGCCGCUACUCCGAUUUCCACGACUUCCACAUGAGGAUCACGGAACAGUUCGAGAACCUGACCUCUAUCCUCAAACUUCCGGGGAAAAAGACUUUCAACAACAUGGACCGAGACUUCCUGGAGAAGAGGAAAAAAGACCUCAACUCAUACCUACAGUUGCUGCUGAACCCAGAGAUGGUGAAGGCCUGCCCCACUCUGGUUCCCUACGUGUAUGAUUUCCUGGAGAACAAGGCCUACAACAAGGGCAAGGGAGACUUUGCACGCAAGAUGGACACGUUUGUGAACCCGCUCCGCAGCUCCAUGAGGAACGUGUCCCAGGCGGUGAAGGCGCUCCCUGACAGCCUGGCUGAGGGGAUGAACAAGGUCUCAGACAACAUGGGCCGCAUGUCAGAGCGGCUGGGGCAGGACUUCAAGCAGUCCGUGUUCAAGGUGCCUCCGAUGCUGCCCAAGUCCGACAUCGACCCGGAACACUGCCGAGUCUCCGCCCAGCUGGAUGAUAAUGUGGAUGACAACAUCCCCCUGCGUGUGAUGCUGCUGCUGAUGGACGAGGUGUUCGACCUGAAGGAGAGGAACCAGUGGUUACGCAGAAACAUCAAGAACCUUCUGCAGCAACUCAUCAGAGCCACAUACGGAGACACCAUCAACAGGUACCACACACACACACACACACGUGUCACACACAAUCUCUCUCUCUCUCUCUCUCUCUUUCUACCUCUGUCUCUCUCUCUCUGUCUGUCUCUCUCACUGUGUGUGUGGUCUCUGUUCUGUAGGAAGAUCGUGGAUCAUGUGGACUACAUGACGUCUCCAGAGCAGGUGGCAGACUACGUCAAGAAGUUCAGGGAUUCAUACUGGCCCAAUGGCAUUCUGGCUGAGACUCUACCUCGCCGGGACAAGAGCAUCCGCAUGAGGACACGAGUUGCUGCCAAGACCAACCUCCUCGGAAUCAUGCCAGACGAGCUAAAGCACAUCAUCGGAGCGGACACCACCCGCAAGGGCAUCCUCCGCGUCUUCGACAUGUUCCAGCACCAGCCCAUGAACCGCCGCCUGGUCUACGUGUUCCUCGAGGGCUUCCUAGAGACCAUGUUCCCCCAGUACAAGUUCCCCGAGCUGUUCGUCAAGCUGCACUCUCGCUCUCCGCGCACCCACAGAUACUCUCAGAAACAGAAAGCCUGCUUCAAGAGGUGACAGGAGGGAAGGGGAAGAGCGCACGCGCGCACUCGCUCUCUCUCUCAUACACACACGCACACAUGGUGUGUGGCUGAGGGUGAGGAGCGUGUGUAGGUUAUACGUGAUGAUUUAGGUGAAGCGUGUUUGUGUGAGGGAACAUUUAUUAGUCUGUGUCCUUCCCGGCAAACGAGUUAUCACUGUUCCCUUCCCUGUCGGACUAGCCUAGGUAACGAGACCUCCGUCAGGAGUUCCUCACACUGAGUCCUCUCUCCUCUCACCGACACGGGAACAUAACCCCCCCCCACCCCCUCUCCCAUUCGUGCCACCAAGAGACUAAAUGUAGCGGGCGAUAAUGGGAAGAGGUUAUGUUUAUUUCAAUCGUUUUUUUUGUUGGUUGUUGUUUUUUUUACCCCUCUUUUCUUUGAAGUUUCUGUUUUUGAAGAUCGUUGUUUUUAUUUGAUCUGUGUGGUCAGCCCAGAGCGGACCACUGACAUCUCAUGUAUGCUUUUAACCUGCAGGAGUAGAGAUAGUGUGGGGGUAUGAAACAUGCUCCCCGCCCCCCUUUCACGCCUUACCCCCUUAUGCCCCGCCUCCCCCGCCCCUCUCUGCUUCUGUCUCCUGAGUAGCUAAGGCUGAGAGCCGUCUGGCCACUGUUUGUUUGUUUUUAUUGCACCUAAAUUCAACGUCUUCAAGCCGGCACAGGCAUCAUCUUUGAUUGCCAUUUUCUAAAACGUCACCAGUGUAUGAACACAAAAUGUCAUGGUAUACGUAUUGAUAUUAACAUAUUUGUCUGUAGCGGAAGGUCAAACUCGAGAGAGCAGAUACACGGGGCUGUUGAGAUUAUUUAUUCUAAAGAUUUUUUUCUGACGCAAGGCCUUCAUCAUGAUGUUCCAAGAAGGGUUCUGACUGGUUUUUGCUGUUCUCGUUUUGUUUUUUGUGUGUGUGUGUGGUUGUUUUUUUAUUUUUCUGAGAAGUGACAUCACCUAUGGUUAACCUAACCCUUCUCGGAUAGGCUAAGGCACACCCAUUUUUAACGCUACUGACGUAACCCUGACAACCAAAGCUCCAGCUGUUCCCAGUAUACGUGUUUGUAUGUAUGAUGUGGAGACACUGACAGCAUAGCUGUGCUUCAUCUUGAUGAUCAUGUGAGGGGGAAAAAACGACACUCAAGAACAUGAGACUACAGAGCAGGAUGAGUGUUACUCUUGGUCCCUGUAGAGGGGAGAUAUCUGUCUGUCCACGCAUACAGAGAUAUGCUGCAAAGAAUGUACUGGCGACUGGUCUAAAGUGUAUUCCUGUUGUUCUGAAUGAGAAGGUGUGAGGGUGGGUGUGUGUGUGUGUGUGGGGGGGGGUGUUUGGGUGGGUGGGUGUACAUGCGAGUGUGUGUUAGCACUAAGAUGCAAUCCUCCUCAGUCAGAAACUGUGCCAGUGUAAGUUAGUGAACCAGCCUUAAUAUUACAGACCAAGAGACGCGUGCUAGAAGUAGCUCUUCUUACACAUGACUACGUCACAGAAAGGAAAACAGAAAUGGAGAUAUAUCCCUAGUUAAUCACUUUUAAUUUUGUGCAAUAUUUUUCUUUAAUGCAUGUAUAUUCAAAUAAUUGUAUAUUGAAGAAAAAAAAAGACACGUCAAUACUGUUUGGAGAAACGACACAAAAGUCAAUAGAAUUUUCCCUUAAAAAAAACAAAAGAAAAAAAAAUCUGCUGAUCCCAACAACUUACAUUCCGUUGAUGUAAAGUACAGUGUUUUUUUUACAGACUUGUUUUAUAAGUCUUUUCUUCUUCACUCCCUCCUGGUGAAUAUGUGCUCUCCCUGUCGUCUCGGUAGUAGCAAGAGAGUUCCGAGCAGAGGGGACACUGAAGACCUGAGAGGCAGUUGGUCUAAAGUUAACUGUCACUCCUUGAACAAGCUGGAAUGCUUGUUGGUUCAGUGACAGCAAAUGGGCCUAAUGCAUACAAACCUGUUCUCUUGUCCAAUUCUCUGUUUCUGAUGUAUGAACCGAUGCCAGGAUGGAGAAAAGCAUCUCCUGACCAAUAGCAUCAUAGGAAAUCUGUCCUGUGACCAAUAGAAUCACUGCUGAAGAGCACUUACCGGAGAGUGACUGUGGGAGAGCCAUCCUAUUGGCUGAACAGAGCUCCAUUCUGCUGCUGCCAUUGGAUGGAACUGUCCCUUGUCUGCUGUGAUUGGCUUGCACUAAGCAGGACUGGGGGAUUCUGAUUGGCUAAAUGAGGACAUGAACUCUGACCUCGAUGCUAAAAAGGGAGGAGGAUGUUUGUCACUGUACUGGAAGAGGUGACAGAAGGUGACUAUGCCUUUUGGCAUCGCCUCAUUGCUCCAUGUAGGAUGGCUUGUCAGGUUUAUUUUUAAUUUCAUCCCCAGUACAUAUGAAUCAAUGAAAAUGAAAAUUGUGCAUAUCGGUGUACAGUGUGUAUCAAUAGUGUGCCUAAAUGUACUGUCAACUCUAUUUUCAUAUUUUUCUUUAACAAAACAACAAAAAAAGAAUCAGAAUGUCACAGAAUGUCAUUUUAUGCGACUUAAAAGGACUUUUAGGGUGUUUUUGCAUCAUGCUUAUCAACUCUUCCUUUGGAGCAGCUACGCUCAGAACAGUAUAACACUAAUAAUAAAACAGUAACUCAGACUAA